CCCACGGGGGUCCCUGCACCGCAGUGGAUCAGCUCGCGCGGGCACCGACACCGGACCACGCCGCUUGGCCUCCUGAGCUUUGGGUGUCCCGGAGCGCAUCGCGAAAGUGGCGGGACCGUGCGGCGACCCUCCAGGGCACGGUCGAGCGGCCACUAGGUCCGGGCCCGCCGCCUGCGGCCCGGCGGAGACUCAUGUCCACUCAGCAGCCGCUGCUCUAGAGGGGAGCUCCCCGGGCCCGACCUGGACAUGCACGGCGGCCGAGGCGCCCUGGACUCCGCGGGACGCAGCUCCGUGCUCCCCGAGUCGCCGCCGCGGACCGGGAACAGUUUGAGGCCGCAGUCCUACCUGAACCCACGCGGGGUUCUGGUCACAGAUUUCCCGGUGCACGACGGCCCCGCGCAGGUGCCUGUCGGGGGCCUCGACGGCGGCCGCGCAAAGCCGCGGGACUCCGCUGGGGAGGGAGACCCGGAGAGCCCGUGCGCGCCGGCGGCUCUCGCAGACGCCCAGUCUAAGCGCUGUCUCCCGCGCACUCCGGGCUCCCCGAACCCCGGGGCUGCCCCUUGGGAGGCAGAGACCCCCGAGUCUCCCGAGCCAGCGACGGUCGCGCCGAGCUCGCCCAGCCGGGGCCAGCAGCAGCAGCAGCAGCUUAUCCCCAGGGCUCUGGCGUCUGAGACCAAGGCCAGGCCGGAGCCCCACCGGCGGCUGCAGAAGGUGCGCAGCCUGGUGGACACGCUGAGCGCCCUGGGCGCCGCCGACGAGGCCCCGCGCGCACACGCCGACCCCGAGUUGGACAGCCCCGGCUCGCUGCGCAGGGGCCUGCGAUCCACGUCCUACCGCAGGGCCGUGGUCAGCGGCCUGGACCUCGACAGCCCCAGCACCUCUAAGAAGAAGAACCGCAUGUCGCAGCCCGCCCUGAAGGUGCUAGCGGAGGACAGGGAGAGAUUUGCCAGCCUGGGGAGGAUCAAGAAAAAAUUGCUGAAAGGAUCAGGAGCAUUUGAUGUGGAAGAAAAUGCUGUCCUGUACCAGAACUAUAAGGAAAAGGCCCUGGACGUGGACUCUGAGGAAGAGUCAGAGCCGAAAGAGCAGAAGGUAGACAAGAAGCCUGUGCCGUGCUCCUGGAGCCAACUGUCUGCUGUGAGAAGAAAUGGACUGUCCCAGACUGCAAGCCAGGAAGAGAGAAAGAGGCAGGAGGCCAUCUUGGAGGUCAUCUCAUCAGAGCACUCAUACCUGGCCAGCCUGCAUACACUCAUCCGCAUGUUCAAGAACUCCCCGGAGCUGGGCCGGACCAUGACCAGCACUGAGAGGCAUCACCUCUUCUCCAACAUCAGUGAUGUGUGCGAAGCCAGUGAGAAGUUCUUCAAGGAACUGGAAGCCCGUCACCACAGCAGCAGUUUUGUUCACGAUAUCAGCGACAUUGUGGAGAAACAUGCGGCUGGCACCUUCGAGCCCUACGUGCGCUACUGCACCAAUGAGGUGUACCAGCAGCGCACGCUGCAGAGGCUGCUAGCCACCAAUGCAGCGUUCAAGGAGGCACUGGCCCGCAUCGAGGCACACGCAGACUGCCGGAACCUGCCCAUGAUCUCCUUCCUCAUCCUGCCCAUGCAGAGGGUCACACGACUGCCACUGCUCAUGGAUACCAUUUGCCAGAAAACCCCUAAAGACAACCCCAAGUAUGAUGUCUGCAGGCGGGCUCUGAAGGAGGCCAGCAAGCUUGUCCGUCUGUGCAAUGAGGGUGCCCGGAAAAUGGAGCGCACGGAGAUGCUUUACACCAUCAACUCGCAGCUGGAGUUCAGAAUCAAGCCCUUCCCUCUGGUCUCGGCAUCCCGAUGGCUGGUGAAGCGUGGGGAGCUGACGGCCCUUGCUGACUCGGGGCUGUUCUCCAGGAGGUCGGGCCGGCAGCAGUUGUACUUCUUUCUUUUCAAUGAUGUGCUCAUCAUCACCAAGAGGAAAAGUGAGGAGAGCUACAUUGUUACUGACUACUCACUGCGGGACCAGCUGCUGGUGGAGAGCUGUGAGGAGGAACUAGCCACAUCCCCUGGCAGGGGUGGCUCAGGGAUGCUGCAUUCACGUCUAGGCUCAGUCCAUCGCCUCUUCACACUCACGGUGUUGAGCAAUCAUGCAGGAGAGCGGGUGCAGCUGCUGCUGAAGGCUGAGACUCUGAGCGAGCGAGCCCGCUGGAUUGGGGCCCUGGGACAGAACAGUGGAAAGCCACCCCCAGACAGGACUUUGCUGACCCAGGUAGAGAUCAUCCGCUCCUUCACAGCCAAGCAGCCUGAUGAGCUGUCCCUGCAGGUGGCAGAUGUGGUCCUCAUCCAUCAGCAAGUGGGCGAUGGCUGGUGUGAGGGAGAGCGGCUGCGGGAUGCUGAGCGGGGUUGGUUCCCCACAGAGUGCACCAGGGUGAUCACCUGCCAGGCCACCAUCGAAAAGAACAUGGAACGGAUGGGACGGCUGCUGGCAUUGGAGACCCACGCACAAACCCAAGCUCAGACUACCAGCCCCUGCACCCCUGGACGGUAGCGUCCACUGCACUCAGCCUGCAGGGCCCUGUGUCCUAGGAUAUUAGUGCCCACAGCACGCUCAGUCUUCUGGACACUAUCCCCAAAGGUAGCCCAGCAUGGCUUUCUGCUCAGCCUACUGACCAGCAUGGCCUUCAAGAGCCCCACAUUGACAGGAGCUGCCUGGCAGGCCUGUCCACAUGGAACUGAAGCAAAGAGCUGCUUGGAUGGGGGUGUGGGUUAGAAGGACCCUAAGACCUGUCCUAUGAUCCAGAGGGUAGGAGAGCCUGUGGUUCCUGCUGCCUCCUCCAGGGAAGAAGCUCCCUUAGUUUAAGUCUCGGUGGUGCUCAUCUAGUCUAGUCUAGCCCACUGGCUGCUGUGUGAAGCAGACUGGGUUGCUGGGGAGCAAGAAGGGGACCCUUGUCUACAAUGUGGCCAGGGGCCACAUUGUGGCUGAGAGAGCUGGGGGGAGGGGGCAAAGGCAUUGUAAGUGUCUCCUUAUAGCAGGAUCAGCCUGCCGAAUGUUCUUCCUGACUAGCUGGCCCUGGGAGACCCAUCGCAUAGGGAGGGAUGUGGGACCUGUGCAGGGCCAAGCAUCCGAAGGCUGGCGGGCAGCAGGCCAAUGAGGGGCUAUGUCCACUGUUGGGGUGAGGGCAAGGGAAGAGCUAGCAUUCAGGGUGGUCCAGUUGUGGGAAGGCCUAAAACAGCCUUGGUCCCACUCAUGAAUCUGAGAAGCCAGAGAGCUGAUGGGACACAUACUGUGACCAUUCAGAGUAACAGGCCAGGGCUUGCCUGACUUUGCCCUGCCAUACCACCCAGAUGCUCAGGCAUAUUUGAUGAAAAGAUAUAAAGCAUUU